GUAUGGACCUCGCCGCUGCACUGGUAAAAUGUGGUAGCGCUACAACACGUAUUUUAAGUCGAAUUUAUUCCCCUGUAACUACUUCUGUACAGUUUGCCUCCGGAAGAUGGUAUCCUCAACCUGACUCCUGCACAUCGAGGCGACAUUUCUCCACAAAGAUGACUACGACAAACUCGGACAUAGUUGUGUCAACUUCUCAGGGUGACAUUCGGCUAGUGAAGGAAGACGCUGCUCCAGUGUAUUAUAAGCCAAAAGGAGAAGGAAAAACUGGCUUCGAAUUAGUUCCCUGGAAAGAUGGCGAGCAAAUAGCAAACUACGUACUCUUCGAGGCAUCGAUGGAGCGUUCGAAGGUGCCCUGGAACGUUUACGAUCGGAUGACUAGGGAUGAACGAACUAUCUACUUGGCACAUUUGAAAGCUGUUCAGCAACGUAAAUUAAAAUAUAAAGAUCCUUUUACGGGCUAUGUUGUUUUUACUGUAUCUCAUCAUUUGUAUAGGGGUACCUGUUGUGGUAAUGGUUGUAGGCAUUGCCCUUAUAGACAUGAAAAUGCUAGCGAUGAUGUCAAAAAAUCUAAAGUCUUUAGCUAUGAAAUGUCUAAACAUCGAACUCGUCCUCCAAGUAUGGGUAUCCACCGACGGACACGAUUAAAUGUUGUGGACAACUCAGCGCUUGGUAAAGAAGCUCAUACGACUGGUAAACGAGCGUAUUGCAUUGAUGUUUACAAACAAGGUCGACGAAAGAAGCAUCUUCCUCAUGCAACUCUUGGCGAUAAGAUUCUUGUCGCAAUUCGUGGCCAGAUGCGUAAAGCCUAUGUUGUUGGGGCAAACACUCAUGUUCAUUACCGCAAACAUGGAAUUCCAUCUACUGAUACUAACAAUAUUGUGCUGCUAGAUGAAGAAGGAAAUCCGCUCGGGAACCGAAUAACCUCACCGAUACCGAUCAAGCUCCUAGAAAAGAAAGACAAUGCUCAAUUUGCUAAGGUUCUAGCAUUAGCUAAUAAAUUUAUCUGA